UAAUCGAAACCACAAAGUAUUUGCAUAAAGAUAGAUUAGAGAGCAGAUAGAGAUGAAUAGCAGAGAGAGGAGAUGGUCUCUUCGUGGAAUGACAGCUCUUGUCACUGGUGGAACCAAAGGAAUUGGGUAUGCGAUAGUGGAGGAAUUGGUAGGGCUGGGUGCACUUGUGCAUACUUGUUCCCGAAAUGAGGUUGACCUUAAUGACUGCCUGAGCCAGUGGGAGAAGAAGGGUUUUCAAGUCACUGGCUCAGUCUGUGAUGUGGUGUCAAAAACCGAAAGAGAGGAGCUUAUAAACAAGGUCUCAUCACUUUUUGAUGGCAAACUCAACAUCCUUAUAAACAAUGUGGGGACUGUCUUACCGAAAGCAACGCUAGAGUACACAGCUGAAGAUUACUCAUUCAUAAUGAGUACCAAUCUUGAAUCUGCUUACAACUUUUUACAACUUUCACAUCCUCUUCUCAAAGCUGCAGAAGCUGCUAGCAUUGUUUUUUUGUCCUCUACUGCUGGUGUGGUCUCAAUAAAUGGUGCAUCUAUAUAUUCUGCCGCUAAAGGUGCAAUGAAUCAGUUAACAAAAAACUUAGCAUGUGAGUGGGCAAAGGAUAACAUAAGGAUCAACAAUGUGGCGCCUUGGUUCAUCACGACUCCCCUUGUUGAACCUAUUCUCCGAAAUGAAAAGAAAUUGGAGAUGAUAAACUCUCGGUGCCCUUUAGGACGUCCUGGAGAGCCAGAGGAGGUGUCUACCUUGGUAGCAUUUAUAUGCCUACUUGCAGCCUCUUACAUUACUGGGCAGACUAUUAUCGUCGACGGCGGGGUGACCGUCAAUGGCUUACUCUUCCAAGGAGCAUGACUUGGAAAUAGUUCUGCAUGUAUACAUAAGGGGUGUGAUAUCCACACACCCUUUUAAUUUUCGGCCGUCAGAUCGAAUGAAUUGAAGAAGAUCAACAGACAGAAAUUAACAAAGGGUAUGUGAGAAGUAAAAAAGGAUGUGUGGAUAGCACACCCCAUACAUAAUUGCAUAUGCAGCUGUAGAGACAGUGUUGCAGGUCUGGAAAAAUAAAAUCUUGUACCUAAGUGGUGUGCUUUAAUUGUAUGUGAAAAUAGGUGACAUUAAUUUCUAAUUAAAUAAGUAAGUAAAAGAUUGCCAACCA